AUGGAAUCUGCUACUGUGAAUAGGUUCUUUCGUUUGCCAUUCCAAAAUAUGUGUGGCUUGCCGCAAGGAAGUGAUGCCAAGAGUAUUAAUGAAUGGAUUAUCUUUGAUAUGUCCAAAACCAUUAGAACAAAACCAAACUGGCAAACCAAGUAUAAAGAUUCAGAAAUCGUGAAUAAUUGGAAGAAAGAUUUUUUGACCCAGUUUAAAAAUGAUGGAAUUAUUAUUAAACAUGCGAAUUUUGAUGAUUUGUUUGAAUAUACCAUUAAAGAGUUGAGUUGGUAUGAAAAGUUGGAAAAAGAGUACAAGGGAAAUUUGAAGAUCUGUAUGGAUGAUAGAAUAUGCUCAAGCGAAACUUUGGUGAAUGGCAAGAUUAAAGCUAAUUUAAAAACCCAAUCAAUAGAAUUGGAAAAGUCUUUUGGUGACAAGAUCGAUUAUCACCCAGGCUCACAAAACCAAGUCAUUGAUUUGGUUCACCCUUCGUUGUUUCCCUUAGUCUAUGGUAAGUCACAGUCGAUCGAUCCGGAUACAAAAGAGAUCUCAGUGAUAGAUUACUCCGAAGAUAUAGUUGGUGACCCAGAUCACAAGUAUAAAGGCUUUCAAUUUUUUGGAUCUAAAAACUUUCAAUGGUUGCCUACUAUUUUUGAAUUAUCUCAUGAUAAGAAGCGUUAUGAGAUUACUUCAUAUAUCAAUAACCUCGAGCCAAAAUCUUUCAAGGAUUUGUAUAAAACAAUUGAAGAUGUUUUUAAUGCUUCAAUUCCAGCUUUAAAUUUUGUGUUAUCUCGACUUUGCUCUCCAGAGUAUAUUCGAAUUCCAGUUCCAGGCCAAUUGGAGGUUUACACCGAAAAAUUUCAAGAGGAAUACGAAGCGCUCCUUGAUUCAGAUGAAGGAGAUUAUGAAACGUAUUUUAAUGAAAAUGCUGCUAAUUCAAUUAAAGACUUAUCACCAACUUAUAACUCCGAUCCUAUCACAAACAACUUUUCUUUACCCAACGAGUACCUGAAACUCAAGGUAAUUGUUAAAAUGGCAAAUAUUGAAUUGAUGCCAGAGAACCCGGUGUACCCUGGUGGUUCAUGGCAUGUUGAAGGUGCUUUAAAUGAAGAUAUUGUUGCCACGGUUUUGUACUAUUACGAUACAGAAAACAUUACCGAUUCCGAGCUUGAAUUUCGAGCAGAUUUUGAGGAUCCGUUGUAUGAACAGGACGACAAGGUCUAUUGCAAAGAAAUAUUUGGGAUUGAGGACGAAAAAAUCCAUUCUAAUAACUUAGGAGGGGUAAAAGUUGAGGAGGGUAUGUUGUUAGUGUUUCCUAAUAUUUUUCAACAUCAUGUCAAGCCAUUUGAAUUGAAAGACAAGGGUAAAAAAGGAACCCGGAAGAUAUUGUGUUUUUUCCUAGUUGAUCCUGGUAACAAAAGAAAUUUUGCUAGUGAUACAGUAUUACCGCAACAGAAAGAAUGGUUGGGUGAAAAUAGUGAUGAGAUUGUUCUGAAAAUGUUCAAAUCCAAAAAUCAGGAGAUGACUUACACAAAGGAGCUUGAUUUUGAGUACGAUUUAGCAUUGGAGAUGAGAGCUAAGUUGAUGAAAGAAAGAUCAAAUUUUUUUACUGAAGGUGAUUCACUGUUUAGCAGAGAGUUUUGUUUAUGUGAACAUUAG